ACCGAGAAAGCACCUUCGGGAACAUUCCGGAACACACCGAGAUAGAGAGAAAGAGAGAUAUUUUUGCUCUUUCUUUAUAACAUUCUUUCUACUUUUAUAGUUAUCAGAAACCGCCAUUGCCUUGUGGGAAUAUUAUAUAAAUGCAUCAUUAACCCAACUCUCAUUUUCACUCCAAUGUCCUCUCAGCAAUAUUUGUAGCUUGGAAUUGGAUUCUUUGAAGCAAAAGAAGUAGUGGGUUUUGAUGCUUUAAGUGGAGGUAGGACUCGAAACGCAUUUUGGCUUUUGGGAAUUUGGGAGUAGUGGGUAGUUGCCAAUUUGCUGCAUUGAGUGAGAUUAUUAAUUGUUGAAGGAGAUGGAAGCUUAUAAUUAUAAGGGGUCACCAUCAUAUUACUCUGUUCUUGGAGUUAAUUCUGAUUCUUCUAGCGAAGAUAUAAGGCGGGCUUAUCGCAAGCUUGCUAUGCAAUGGCAUCCAGACAGGUGGACAAGAGCUCCUUCUCUGUUGGGUGAAGCAAAGCGAAAAUUCCAGCAAAUACAAGAAGCUUAUUCAGUUCUAUCGGAUCAGAGGAAGCGAACUGCGUAUGAUGCAGGCUUAUACGACCCUAAAGAUGGAGAUGACGAGGGCUUUUCUGAUUUUUUGCAAGAAAUGGUCUCUCUCAUGGCCCAAGCUAGAAAUGAGGAAAAGAAUUACACGUUGGAGGACUUGCAGGCGAUGCUGAUGGAGAUGGCUGAAGGAUUCGAUUCUCCUUCGUUGUUUAGCGGACAGUCGGUUUUUGAAGAUUCCAGAUGCUCAAAGAGGACGCGUUUUGAAGCUAAUCCUAUGGUGGAUAGAGGCUCACGUUUCCACAUGUCAAGCUUUGGAUUGUACGGAACGAGUGGUUUCUGCAACUGAGCGGUCAACUUUAUACAUACCAUUCAAAAAUUGUGAACCAAGGGAACGACCAGGGAGCAAUUUUUGCUGGCUGAGACUUUUUUUUUUUGGUUUCUGGGACUUACAUUCACUUUGGGAAUGUGAUUUUUUUCUUGUAACCCAGUUAUGAAGAUGUUAAUAGCCUUCCCAAAUGUCCCUCUCACUAGUUGUUUCUCACCAAGAAAAAGGAACAAAAAUUUGUCACCCUGAAAUGAAAUGUUUGGUGGGUUGUCACAUGGAAAAGUUGUGUAUGAAAAUGAUGAGGGUGAUAUAGCACCGAAUGUGUCACCUUUUUGUGUAUAUGGAGAUUACUAUUGGAUGAAAAACAACUUUGGGGUUUAGUUUGAUGGUUUUGUUUUUGUA